UAUACAUAUUUGGGAUACUUUAGGAUGCAGUGACCUAUGAGGAUGUGCAUGUGAACUUCACUCAUGAAGAGUGGACUUUGCUGGAUCCAUCUCAGAAGAGUCUCUACAAAGAUGUGAUGCUGGAAACCUACUGGAACCUCACCUCUAUAGGGUACAAAUGGGAAAACCACAAUACUGAAGAACAUUUUCAAAGUUCUGGGAGACCUGGAAGGUAUAUCAUCUGUCACUGUGGAUGCAAGCCAUGUGAGCAUAUGGGAUGUGGAAAGAAACAUGGUACUCCUGUCUCUCUCAGAACAAAUAAAAGAUGUGUAAUAGUUCCCUCUAUGAAAAGACAUGGUGACUGUGAAAUAAGCUUACAAGUAAUUGGUAUUCCAACUUCAGUGGGAAUAUAUCAACAAACACAUAUUGAAGAAAAACCUUCUGAGUACAAGGAAUAUGAAAAUGUGUCUGUCUAUACUGGAUCACUUUGUACAGGUCAUGUGACUCACAUGAUAGGAAAAUGCUAUAAAUGCAAUCAGUGUGGUAAGACUGUGAGUCCUUCCAGUUCUCUUCAAAGGCAUUUAAAAACUCAUAUGGGAAGAGGAAAUAAUAAAUCUCCUAAAGACUUCAGCUGUUACAAAUGUCUCCAAACACACGAAACAACCAAUAAUGAAGAGGAUCUCUAUGAAUGUAAAACCUUUAUAUCUGAUUCCUCUUUAGAUGUACAUGAAAGAACUCAUUUGGAAAAAAAUCCCUGUGAAUAUGAUAACAGUGAUAAAACCUAUGAAUGUCAUAGUCUUCAGCAAGUACAUAGAACUCAUGUUAGAGAGAAAAGGUGUGGAUAUCAUUACUGUGGUAGAGACUUUGCAUUGCCUCCUUAUCUUCAAAUACAUACAAAAAAUCAUCCUGGAGAGAAGCCCCAUGGAUGUAAUCAAUGUGGUAAAUCCUUUGCUCAUAAAAGUCAUCUUCUCAGUCAUGAAAGAACUCAUACUGGAGAGAAACCCUAUGGAUGUAAUAAGUGUGGUAAAGCAUUUGCACAUAAAAGUCAUCUUCACAGGCAUGAAAGAAGUCAUACUGGAGAGAAACCCCAUGAAUGUAAUCAAUGUGGUAAAGUUUUUGCACAAAAGAAUAAUCUUUACAAUCAUGAAAGAAGUCAUAGAGGAGAGAAACCCUAUAAAUGUAACCAAUGUGGAAAAGCCUUUGCACAGAAGAACAAUCUUCACAGUCAUGAAAGAAUUCAUACUGGAGAGAAACCCUAUGAAUGUAAUCAAUGUGGUAAAGCUUUUGCAUGUAACAGUGCUCUUUACAUGCAUAAAAGAAGGCAUACUGGUGAGAAACCCUUUGAAUGUAUUCAAUGUGGUAAAGCCUUUGUACAGAAGUACAAUCUUUACCGUCAUGAAAGAAGUCAUAGGGGAGAGAAACCCUAUAAAUGUCAUCAAUGUAGUAAAGUUUUUGCAGAUAAGUGUAAUCUUUAUAGGCACGAAAGAAGUCAUACUAGAUAGACAUCCUAUGAACAUUGAAGUAACAAAGAUUUUGCAUAUUGCAGUAGCAUUCAAAAUUAAAACAAAUUCACAGUCGUGAAAAUCCUCAUGAGGUAUAGCCUUGCAGUCCACAUACAAUUUUCCUAUCUCACCAGUGCAAAAUGCUAUUUAUGCUGUUGGUUUUCAUUGCUGUGAAGAGACAUUAUGGCUACACCAUUAUAAAGAAAACAUUCAAUUGAGAUGACUUUCUUAUAGUUUCAGAAGUUCAUCUAUUAUCUUUAUGAUGGAGCAUGGUGGUGUGUAGGCAGAUGUGGUACUGGAGUUGAGAGUGCUACACCUUGCAGGCAACAGGAAGUCAACAGACAUUCAGCAGUGUCCUAAGCACAGGAAACCUCAAAGGCUACCCCUACAGUGACACAUUCCCUCCAACAAGGCAUAUCCACCCCAACAAAGCCACACUUCCUAAUAAUGGCACUCCCUAUGAGAAUACGGGGGCCAAUAAUGACAUUACAAUUUGGUUAUUCAGUCCAAAUAGACUUAUAAAGUUGACAAAUGCCUUUAUCUGCUCAAAUAUCGAACAAAAAAUCAUCUUUAGUUGACUUGUUUACAACACACAUUUUAUAUGCUUGUCUUAAUGCAGAUAUGUAUUUUACCUUUAAAAGUUUGUGUGUUUUUAAAAAUAUUGUAUGUUUUCAGAAAAAAUGACCAGACACCAAUGAAUACAAGUAGCCCAGGUGAUCCAGCCUCCUAAAAUGCCCCUAUUACAAAUUAUUCAAAAAUAUACAUCCAAAAUCAAAGCUGUCAACUGAGAUGAUUCAGUCUCACAGAUUACCCAGUCAAGACUUCAGAUAAGCCCUGCACUGUUCUAUUAAUUACACAGAGGCUGGACAAUGAAUGUUACACUUAGUUUUCCCAGGAUUUGACCAUUACUGCAAUUUUCUUAGGAUUCCCUAGAGAUUUGUUGCCUCAGACAAUAAAACGUAAUUUAAAGAACACAACACCCACAUUUCCAAGAGUUGGGGUGGGUGGAUCUUUGUCCUUCAAUGGAUUAUGGAUGUUUAUCGUGUUUUGGGAGGUUGGUUGCAAAUUAUUACUGGUUUUGAUAAGGGAGGAAACUAAGCAAGGGAGAUGAUAUUCAGAGAUCUCUUUCUGAAAAGAAGUGGAUGGUAUUUAGUAAUGAUAGAAAAACAGGUGUAGAUGGAUCUGCUUUAAACUAAGAAGCAACUAAUAAUUUCAAAUAUUUUCAUUGUUAUGGGUGUGUGUCUAUACUUUUUAAGGUAUUGUCCCUAUGCAGCUUGUUUAAAAUGUAGUGUGAAAUUUUAGUCCUUGCUAUCUAUUUAGGUUAAUAAAGAAAGGCAGUAGUUAGUCAUCUAUAACAAUCAAAGUUUGAGUCAGUGUUAGGCAUGGUUUCAAAAUCAGACACAUAUUUUAAAUAGAUGACUUCAAACACUUCAGAGACCCACAGAAUAUGGGAUUGAAAAUGUUUUAAUAGCAGAAAAUAUGAGACACAUCUGCUACUGGCAGCACCAGUCUACUUCAAGAAAGGAUGAUGGGGAUCAAAGAACCCCCAUAUGGAAUUUGUGUCCUUUGUGGCAAAGCUACCAGUGGGCAAAGAACUGCCUUUGUUUCAACUGCUGACAGUAUUCUGUCCAAACUGAAAUAGCAGGACGCAAAGGAAUAAGACUGCCAAACUCUGCCAAGACAAGGUGGGAUAGUCCUUUAAAAUAUCCCAAUUCUUAAAAAGGUCUGUCAGAUAGUCUAGGCCUUUAGGCUAAAGAUGAAUGCCCCAGCACUGCAGAGGAACCUUGGGUGACUGUCCAGGCAGUCAGCUGUUUCUGUCAUUUCUAUACUUUAUGAAGUAGCUGGAUCUGCACUCAGGUAAUAUAUCUUUCUUGGGUCUUUGAUAGGGUUGAAAACUGGAUUGUUGCAGAUUUUCUUGUUACCCAAUAAAAAGUUUACAUAAGAGAUGUAAAGUUUAUAAGAUUGAAGAACAUAAAAUCUUAAGUUGUUUGUGUAUGAUGCUUUAAAUUCUAAAACAAUUUUUAAAGUGGUAACACAAAUUAUGGUAGAAAGUAGUUUAGGCAUAAAACUUUGGAGUCACUAGGAUAGGAUAGGUAAUAUGGCACUUUCUCUGAGCUUGGCCGGUUAAAUGGACUGGAUAGUGUAAAUGUAAUGUAAUUCUUACCUGAUAAUUGUUCUAAUUUGAAGGCUUAAGUCAUGAACAAGGCCACAUCAGUUUGGAGUUAUGAUUAAUAGGGUGUUAUUUAUUUAAAGGGGAAAAAACUUACAGAUUACCGUCCCAGACAACAGCCAUCUGCACAACCAGGAAGGGAGUCUAGUCUCCGGCGGAGCAGGAAGUGAAGAGAGCGAGCAGAGGAAAUAGCCACUUUUUUAAAGGGAGAGAGACCAUGCCCCAAUGGGCUGGUAUCACAGCAGCUAUUGGUUGGAGGGGCAGAAGGACCUCCCGCAACACCUCCCCCUUUUGUUUAAGUAAGAGAGUUCUAAACCUACUAUGAAAUUAUAUACAAUAAGUACAAAUAUCCUAUUCUAACUAGCUUAGGUCUUGUAUAAUAAAUAACUUGGCCAAGUCGUGAGAGAAAAGUAACUACAUUUAUAUAGUCUUCAACCCCAUUGAAGAUUUGAGAAGGGAAAUAAUGUUACCUGGGUAAUUAGGAAGUUCAGUAAAACAACUUCCAAAACAUGCAACAAAUCACGGAGACAACUAGCUACCUGGGCAAUCACCCAAAGUCAUGUUUGCAGCGUUGAAGCAACCAACUUUGGCUAAGGCCUAACAUAACUGACAUACCAUUUUCAAAGGCAAGCAACUUUUCAAAACUAUCUUACCCUGUCUUGGCAGGAUAUGACAGUCCUGUUUUAUUUAUUGAUGCACGCUCUGUAUCUCUGUCAGUUGUUGAGGUAUGGGCAUUUCUUUGCCCCAAGGCCAGUUCUGCCAAAAAGAAAGGCUCCAGGUGGAGUGUCUUUGGUGCUCAACAUUCUCUCGGGAAUAGAGCGGUGUUGCCAGGAGCAAUUGUGUCUCAC